AUGUGGUGGAUAUUGUUUGAUCCAAAUCGAUUUUUAAUGUAUAAUGUAGUUGUGUUUGUUCUCUUAUCAUAUACAACGGCAUUAAUCAAUAGUCGACAUCCUACAUCAGCAAUAUGCUUUCUCACUCGACGACUUAUGCGAGAAACUGAUAGAUUCGCUGCAGAAUUGGCUCAAAAUGGAUCUUCUAUUGACAUUUAUAUUUUGGUCGAUGAUAAUAGCAUGACUCUUCCUUCGACCACUUCCCUUGUUCAUUACCUUCAAUUAAACGAAACAAUUUGCUCAAAGUAUGGUUUUCUCGGAGCAUCGCAACCUUAUCGAAAAACUUGUUUAGCAUGGGAUAAAGCAUUGUACUACUUUGCUAAGUUGAACACUCAUCAUUUAUUUGUUUGGUUUGUUGAAAGCGAUGUUCUUAUUCCAUCCGUACAAGCCUUCUUCGCUCUACAUGAGCUCUAUUCCACAUCAACUGAUCUUGUCAGUACCACUAAUGUUAUCGAUUUUGAUGGUACUCUAACGGAAUGGACUCUUUGGCAGACAGCAGCUGACACAUUUUUUCCUCCGUGGUCUCAUUCGAUGAUCAGUGCUGUUGGAUGUAGUCGUCGAUUACUCUCACUCAUUAACGAAUAUGCCGCAUGGCGAGGUCGUCUACCGUAUGUAGAAGUUCUCUUCCAAACUUUGGCUAUUCAAGACACAAAAAUGAUCCGUGUCACACCAUUCGAGUUAUCCACUAUUGAAUAUCGUGUAACUUUUACCUUUGCACAGUUGCAAGCAAGACCAUACAGCUGGUGGCAUCCGAUAAAAAGUUACCGUUUUCAAAAAAUCUGGCGAGAAAAGCUAGCUAACAUCACUUCUCAACGUUCUGUUUAUAAACCAAAUACGAUUUCAUUAUUGAACUCAAUU